UGGCGGCUCCUCUGCUUCCUGCUGCUGAAGAGCCGCCCAGGGAGCGGCCGCGACGUUAGUGAUCACGGUCAGGAGGACACCUGGGGGGUGCGGGCAGGGCCAGAGAGCGAUUCUGAGAGAAGUGGGUCCGGGGGCCUCAAGGUUAGGAACUUAGGAGGAAAGGAAUCUGUUUGAGGGGUGAGAAGAGAAAACUGCGCAGAAAGAGGCGCAGGCCUGGCGUGGGGCUCGGUGUAUGGGGUACGGACUUAAGAGAAGCGGACUCGGGAAGAUUGGGGAUUCGGGAGAAGGACUGAAACACACAGGGCCAGCGGGAAGUAGAACCGGCCUGGGCAGCCGCAAGAGAACCAAGACGCGCUGAGGGGCCAGGGAAGAGAUGCCCAUGGCUCAGGGAUAGUCAGGGGACCAGGAUCUCUGCACAGUAGGAGCAGGGGCCGCGGGUAUCGGGCUCCGGAGAGAAGGCUGGGCCGAGGGAUGACCCAAGGCUUCUUUAUAAGCCCCUAGAGCCUGGCGUUUGCGAUCCAAUUUCCGGUAAGAACGGGAAGGCUAGGAUGGGGUAAAAAAGGAUGGAGGGGGAAAGGAUCCAUCCUCUUCCUCCCCCUUCACUCUGCGCCAACCGGGUAGACCAUCGCUGACACGUGUGAGCAGCCAGAGACCGACUGCGCAGACUCGAGGAUUCCAGCGCCCUGCGCUUGGGGCAGACGGCGCAGACUCCUAGCCUGAUGCCAACUCUCCUUGCCCGAUUCUUGGGUUUAGAGGCCAAUGCAGAGGACUCGCGAAAAACUGUAGGAGAUGGUCAGGGCCAAGUGGGAGUGGGGCACCUCUGGACCCUCCAAGGAUUUACCACCCCAGUCUUCCAGCAGUUGCAAGUUGUACUCCAGCAGAUUAUGCCCCAAGGUUUGUUCUGGAAGGAUGACAUGGCCCAGGAUGUGAUGACACAGAAGAUGGGGCACAUUGGCAAACCCCACCCCCAGGAUCCAUGUGUGAGGAUGCGGCAAGAAGCCUUUCCCACCAAAACCACUGGGGUGAGGAGCAAGCAAGGGGAGAAACUUCGACUCCUAUUCCCCAAGGCCCCAGUGGUCAAGGUGAACAGGGAUCAGUGCUUUACCUCCAAAGUGGUUUCGAAGGCCCUGAAACGAGAGGUGACCAACCCUGUCAAGACAGAAAAUGGAGAGAAGAAGAUGAGCAUUUUUAAAAGGAAGGUAAGUUUAGCUCUUAUCGUAGAAGGGCAGAUUAUAUGAUUUGGAUCGUAUUAUUUGAUAGAAAAUGGGAAGCCAUUGAAGGUCUGUUGAGCAAGGGAGUGACACAAUGAAAGCUGAGCUUAGGAAGAACAAUGUCACAUUUCUGUAGAAGGAUGGGUUAGGGAGUAGGAGAAAAGUGGCAACAUUCUAGAAAGACUGUUGAAAUAGUGCAGUGUGCCACACGAGGACCUGAACUUGAGUGAAAGAGGACAUAUAAGAAGGAUAUCUUGAAGGAUGAAUUAAUAGGCCUUGGCAAGUGUUAGGGGUUGAAUCCUGUCCCCCCCAAAAUUCAUAAGUUGAAGUCCUAAUCUCCUGUACCU